AUGUUUGUUUAUCCGAAAAAUAUAUACAUAAUAACAGUUGAAAUUGAAUCUCAGUCUAUUCAUUUUCUAUCUAUCUAUCUAUCUAUCUAUCUAUCUAUCUAUCUAUCUAUCUAUCUAUCUAUCUAUCUAUCUACCCCAGUCUAUUCAUUUUCUAUCUAUCUAUCUAUCUAUCUAUCUAUCUAUCUAUCUAUCUAUCUAUCUAUCUAUCUAUCUAAGUUUGUUUAUUUAUCCUUUUUGAAUUCUCUUUCAUUUAUUCUAUCUAUCUAUCUAUCUAUCUAUCUAUCUAUCUAUCUAUCUAUCUAUCUAUCACAUAUUUAUCCGUCCAUCCAAUUUACUUCCUAUCUAUCUAUCUAUCUAUCUAUCUAUCUAUCUAUCUAUCUAUCUAUCUAUCUAUCUAUCUAUCUAUCUAUCUAUCUCAUUAGGUUUGUUUCUUUAUCCUUUUUGCAUUCUCUUUCUUUUAUUCUAUGUAUGUAUCUAUCUAUCUAUCUAUCUAUCUAUCUAUACACACACACACAUACAUAUAAAGUAAUAAUAUUUUUAUCUUAA